AUGUACGUACAAACGCAUGCACAUAAUUAUGCGGAGGACGACCCCGUGCCGUGUGCGUUCGCCGGCCACGGGCGCCAGUGCAACAUUAACGGCACGGAGUGCCGGGGGAGGUGGGACGGUCCCAACGGAGGAAUCACCAACUUUGACAACUUCUUCUUCGCCAUGUUGACCGUGUUCCAGUGCAUCACGAUGGAGGGAUGGACCGACGUUCUCUACUGGAUGAACGAUGCCAUCGGCUUCGAGCUGCCCUGGGUGUACUUCGUCAGCCUGGUGAUCUUCGGGUCGUUCUUCGUUCUGAACCUGGUUCUGGGAGUCCUCAGCGGUCAGUCCUCCUUCAGACAUUCACAGGAGUUCAGUAAGGAGAGGGAGAAGGCGAAGGCUCGUGGAGACUUCCAGAAGCUGAGGGAGAAGCAGCAGAUGGAGGAGGACCUGUGUGGCUACAUGGACUGGAUCACCCAGGCCGAGGACAUGGACGAACUGGACGAGGACGGAAACCCACCGAGUCUUCCUGCCAGUGAAACAGGAUCUGAAAACACUGAAAACAUCGACGAGGAACACACCAACUGCUGCCAGGCCUGCUGGUAA